CUCUCUCUCUCUCUCUCUCUCUCUUUUCCUUUUCUUCUUCCUUUCUCCUCUUUUCUUUUCUCCUUUCGCAUGAGUUCCUUAACCUCGUUUACAUAUCUAAUUCAUUUUCGUCGCAUUGUUCCAAGCUCCACAUCCCGAGCUUAAAACCCAAAAUCCAAAAUCAAAAGGAAAAAAAAAAUCGUGGAGAUUGCUCUCGUUACCCUUGUAAUUUCUCGGAUUGUGGCCUUACCAUCCACCAUUGCCAGUAGUAUCGCUGCACGCUAGACGUGCUGCCCCGUCUGGGCUGCAGGCCAUUCUCUGGCCACCUGGAUGUCCUUCUCUUGACUACUACUAAUUCGAUUGAUCCGACUUUAUCUCAUUUUAUUUGUCUUUUCUGGUCUACUCUUUCUCUUUUGGUCCUUUCUUAGACUCCAAUCUAUUGAUUCAUCUAACCAAGUCUUUCCCUUUUGGUUCGACACCUCUUUUCCCUUGGUCGAUUAUUUAUACCGCUUUUUACUCCUAAUCUAGACCGGUUCUCCCCUCGCACGGUUGAGCGUGGAAUCUGAGUCUCCUUGACUCAUCUCGUGUGGAGUCCUACCUGUGGGCACUUUUCUUGUUUUAUUUUGUUUUGGUUUAAUUUUCCUUUUUUUUUUUUUUUGACCGCGCCUGAGAACGUUGACCUCUACCUCCGAACCCAUUGUUGGCCGCACCUCUCAACUCCAGGAGUCCAAGAAGCGCAAGGUGAAAAUGCCGUUUCUCGCCCGCGUCUUUCGAAUCAAGGACUCCCAUGCUCCAAAAAAGGCAAAAGCUCCUGUGGUAGAAGAUAGUGGUCCUCCCAAGCCCAAAUGGACCGACGCGUGGCAGCGAACGGAAGUGGCUCCAGAGGAAGUCCAGGAUCUCCUGCGAGGGUGUACUCAACAAUUAAAAGCACGGGGUCUUCAGACACCUUUUCUACUCUUGCCCUUCCGGCCAGCCUCCGACGCCAGCGCUGCACGUACAUUCAUUCGGAAUUACUUCAAUCAAGCGGUGGAGAAAGGCUCCCCUCCUAAAGGAGAUGACUUAGCACAAGAGUUACGGCUGACGGACCCUAUUGUUCUUUGUAGUGUGCUGAAAUGGUGCUGGAGCAGACUACCUGGAGGAGUCGUUACAUGGGAAGCCUACGAGCUGUUCAAAGUUGGCGAACAAGAUUCUCAGCUUGCCCGUGAUGCAUUCUCGACGUUCAUCCCCAUAAGCGUCGACUCAGAUGCUCGGUCAAAAAUUAUCUUCGAUUUCUUUGAUCUUCUCACCGCCAUCGCGGCAAAUGGAAAGUCCAAUGGUCUGGGAGGACGAAAGCUCUCUCGAUAUGCCGGGUGGUGGGCCUUUGAGCACACUGACACUGGUAAUGGGUUUGAAGCUGCUUACAAGAAUUGGGCAAGCGCUGCGGACGCGACAAGCCAUUUGUUCUUCGCUUACCUGCGUUCAUUGUCUCCUGACUCGCCGCGUGGUAUGAGCAGUAUCUCCACUCUACCCAUCGCCUUGCAAACAUUGCUCCAAGCCACAGAAUACCCGCCAGAGACACCCGCCCUUCUUCAGGUCUCGACCACUAAAGUAGUCAUGAUUGUCGACACGGUCUCUGCUACUCCCUUUUCUCUUUUGCGCCGUGCGAAGAACUUUGAGUAUCGAGACAGCGAUAGGCACCUGCAGGAAUUCGCCAGCUUCGAGGACCCCCUUCGAGCGCUCACGGAUGAAUGUCUGCGUGUAUUGAAAUGCAUUUCAUCCAUAAAUCAAUCUGCCGAAUCGGAUCCAACUUCUACGAGUCGGGAAGCUUCGUGGUCUAGGUUUGAAGAUAUUGGAUUUGGAGCUUCAUUGGACCCUGAUCUUGAUGACGACAGAACGUCAAACAUGGUGUCGAAAGAGUUCGGUGGCGGGAUAAGGUCCGCUCCCCAGUCCGGUGGGGGUGAUCUCGGUCGUCCGACAACCCCAUCUUGGGCAGAUUUUAUGUCAUCCGGUUUCAGUGAUGAGAAUGCCUUCAAGGCUACAGUGGCGCCGGUCCUGCUCCCGCCAGAUAAGGUCCUACCCCCCAUUAAUACCGUCCGAGGCCAAAGUUCGCAGUCGCACAAACGCACUCUGGAUGCUGAACCGUCCAUAGAUCCAGGUGAAUUAGCUAGUAUCACCACGCUUGAUCUGGACGACUCGUUCUGGUGGGUAUGGAUUAGCAGCUUAGCAGGAGAAGAACCAACGUCCCGGAAGGCGGUCUUUGGGCGAUGUGCAUUGCUCGAGACUGUCAUAAAAAAUACGAAGUGGCUCGUCCUGGAGGAGCAGGUCAAAGGUGCAGCGCCGGAACCCGAACCUGGUGCGUAUAUAGUUGAGAAAAAGAGAUUUUUCGGAUUUUCGACGCGCAAGCGGCUCGGACGUCGCAAGUCCUCGGGCAAGAAGGUGAGCGCGGUAGAGGAGUCCUAUAGGCGACCUGAGAACCAAGGACCGCAGAGUAAAACCAGCAUUGGCCCCGAUCAGCAUGCCCGUAUUCAAGCUGCUGCCGCUGCCCUUCAAAGAAAGCACCGGGAACAAGAACAGGAGGCUGCCGGAGGUUCUAGAAGGAACGUGCGGGAUAGCACGUACUCAAAGACCAAUUCUGUCAUGACACUGCAGCCGUCCAUUAUGAACGAGGCGUCGCAGGCUUUGAAAUGGGCCAGAAACUACGACAAGAAUUCCUACAAAGCUGCUUAUAUGGGCAAUACCCGGGCGGGAACUGGUGCUCCGGUAGAAGAACUGAAGGAAGCCUCAAGAGACGAUCUUAGCCCACCUUUGUCUCCAGCACUUAGCACCAGUACCCGGCAGGCUCCCCCACCUCUACCAAAGGACAAUAUUCCCAGCUCUCCAGCACCCACAACGCCCCAGAAGGACAGCGUUAGUACUAGUGAAGAUGCUAGUGCUCCAGUGGAACCCUCAACGGCCCAACCAAUUCCCCAGUCAGCGGAGUCGGUAGAAGACACGGCCAAAAUAUUGAAGAAAAAACCCGCUACCACGGGAAUCAAGAGCAUGUUCGGCACAACUAAAAGGAAGCCUGAACCCGAGCCAAAGCCGCCAAUGAAACCUACUGGUGCUGGUACUUCUGCUGUUGCUGCUGCACGCGCUGCCCUAGAGGACAAGGCAAAGGCAUCCCAUGAACAGAUUGCACGGCCGUCACCUAAUGGCCCCUCCACCUUAAAGAAGAAGCCUGUUCCGGGAACACCAGCUGCGGAGACACCCAAGCCUGUCCAAGAAGUGCCAGCUACUCCCAAGACUGUUGUGGAAACAUCAGAGCCUGAACAGACCGAGGCAAGGGUUCAGUCGCCGCCCCAGGUUUCCGGGUCAAACAGCGACUACCAUAAGGCCCAGCGGCAAGCCGAAUACGAUGCUCUUUCACGCGUGGAUACCAGCGAACGCACCGCAGCGGACCGUGAAUUCUCGAAGUUUGACCAGGGCCCUUUGAUGGAGCAGCCCGCAUUUAUCCCAGAGGAUUCGCCUGUGUCUGACACGUCCUCGGAGAAGAAGACUGUCGAUAACGUGCCUGCUGAGCCCAAAGAAGUCGACAACUCGCUGCCAAUCAAUCCUUCACAUGACCGAUGGGCGCAGAUUCGUAAGAAUGCCGCCGAGAGAGCCGCUCAGUUUGACCAAACGCGGAUGAACGAAACGGACGAUGGUGGCAACACAAGCGAAGAGGAGAGUUUCGAUGCUCGCGCUGCUCGUAUCAAGGCCAGGGUGGCCGAAUUGACCGGCAAAAUGACCUGAACUAGCCAUGUCCUCGGUACCAGUAAUUCUCUUUUCGGUGCUGUCCUUGAUUCUCGUCAUUUGUUUCAUAUACCUUGUACCCUCUUGUUUAAUCUCUAUACGCCCUUCACAUUUCUCCUAUUUUGGUUCCAGGCUCUUUUCGUUUCUCUUUUUGAUUCCCCGUGUUUGGGCCUAGCCUCCAUAUAAGAUUCUAUCCCCAGGGCAGGAGUCCAAGCUCUUACAGCGAUGGAUAACGGAUACACACGCCUUGAACGGACGAUUUUAUUGUAAUAUCAUCCCUAGUUUCUUAGUUCGUCGAAGGAUGGAUAAACAUACUGUGGCGGUUCCCCUUCAUUUCGAUUGUUUUGAGCCUAUCGUUCUAUUCCCCUUCGUGUUUAUUGAUUGCAUUUGGUUUGACCUUUUGAUUGUGAAUUAUCAAUAUACCUUAGCCGACUCUCGCUAUAAAAUAAGUUCUAGCUAUUCAA